GUCACGCUGGUUUGCUUAUCAAGGUUUUGGAGGAGGGCGCAGCAAAUGUGAAGAAUACAUAAGGGGCACCCCUCGCAGAUCGCAGGUUAGCAACGAAAUGAAACGCAGAAAGAUUGCCAUCGCAGCUGGGUUUUGCUUUUCCUUCUUCCUGGGCACAUUACUGAAUUUGUUAUUUAUCCCUGGUUUUGAUCAUCACCAUCAGCAACAGCGGCAUCAGCGUUUGGAGCAGACCGCCCAGGACCAUCUCAGCAACGAGCCGCCCGUGCUUUUUAACCGGGUGACUGACCAGGACCUGUUGAAACAAAUUAAAGAAAGGUACGAGGAGGUUGUCCGCUAUCGGCAGCAGUCAGCCCCUGCAGCGGCUGCGGGGAGACUGGCCAGACCGCUGGAAAGGCGCUUGAUGGACCUAGCGCAGAACAACUCUCCAGAUCAGCUCCAACCCCAGCAUCAUCAUCAGCAGCAGCAGAGGAGCCCGGAUUUUCAAGAGAGCAAACCAUUUACUGUUCAAGGAGAAAACACCUUCGUUUCCAGUAGCCCGAACACUGACUUUCAGUUCCGUUCUCUCCCUUUAAGCUGUUCAGAUAUUAAUAACGCGAGCAGUGUCCAUUACUUGGGUUCUGGAUACACAAAAGCAGUAUACAAAGCGGUUCUUAAUGAGACCCUGGCGGUGGCGUUAAAAUCGGUGGACUUUGAAGGACACGACAUGGAAAACUGCAUUAAACAAUUUGGGACAUUGAAAGAUUGCUACCGAUUAGCGUCGUACAAACUUGUCAAAGAAAUGACACUUUUACAACGGCUACAGCAUUCAAAUAUUCUUAAGCUCUAUGGUUUUUGCUACCAGGAUAGCAAUCACAUUGCUGACACAUUAACCACUAUUACAGAGCUUGGAUCCCCUUUGGAGAUGAUUCAGCUUUUACAGACCUCAUGGGAGGAGAGAUUUCGAAUAUGUUUGAGCUUGAUACGCUUAUUGCACUAUUUGGCCCAUUCUCCUCUUGGCUCAGUAACAUUGCUAGACUUCCGUCCUCGCCAAUUUGUUAUCGUUGAUGGUGAACUCAAAGUGACAGACUUGGAUGAUGCCAGCAUCAAUGAAACACCGUGUUCAAGCAACAGUGAUUGUUUUAUGGAGUUUCCUGCCCGAAAUUUCACCUUAAUCUGCUCAUUGGAAGGUGUAUGUCAAAGGAUGAAUGAGAAGCGGAAUCUCUACAAUGCUUAUAGGUUUUUCUUUACCUAUCUCUUGCCACACAGUGCCCCAUCAAGUCUGCGACCAUUACUGGAUAAUGUGGUGAAUGCUACAGGGGAGUUGCGCUGGGGCAUAGAAGAGACAUUGGCUCAGCUCGAGGAAGUUCUGUACCUGUUCAAGAGUGGAUUAUAUCUGCAGAAUGUCACCAGAAGCCAAACCUCGGAAUAUAAGCAAUUGAUUGAUGUUGCUGUACCUGAGGAAAAUUACAGAUGUUGGCCAUCUUACCACCAUGAGGGCUGCCUGCUGUCUGUCUAUGACAUCAGUGAGGCAAUGGAGAUCUGUGAUAAUCAUUCCCAAUGCCAUGCCUUUGUUUUAACCAAUUGGACAACCUGGACCGGCCGACAUCUUGUCUUCUUCAAAACCAGUUCAAAUCACAUCAUGCCUGAUGUGGAGAAGAUAACAUUUGUGAAAGUGGCAGACUGAGUACUGCAUGAGAUUUUUGACACUGAGUUCGAACUAUCCUGGCAGGGAAUAAAAGGCAAAGCCCACCAUGGGCCAAGUUGCUUGUUCUAGGGUACCGUGUGAUGGGGCAAUAAGUAGUUGAUCACCAACAUCUGGAAUACUGAUGACAAACGUGCAAUACUGCGGGGGUGGAAAUGUGAACAGCAGAAUAAUCCAAAUGUAUAUGUGGCUUUUUAAAUGUAAGGACACUGUUUAGAAUUUUUGAACAUGAUGAUCUCCUCCACUUGGUGCUAAGCAAGCAGAAGAAGAACAACCCAUACUCUAUUGGUUGGAAACCAAACCAUAAUCUAUUGGUUGGUAUUUUCCCUGUGUCGGGACAUAGAAAUGGAUUAAGUGUCACUGUGGUCCUGGCAUUUUGGAUCUUAAAUCAUAACAAUAACAUCUUAUUUGCCUUCAUUUCCUGAUAAUGUCCUCCCCUCCCCUACUUUGCAUGCAGUCACUCACCUUCUGCAAAAAAUAUGUUCUUUAUAUUCCUGGUGAUACUGGUCCUGACAACUGGCAUGGAAUGUGCAUGGCCAGUGCAAACAGAACCUCCAUGACAAGUGCUUCCUUCUCCCAGAAUCUCAGGGAAUCUCACAGUUGAAACCUAUCCUUUGAAGUUGGCCCUUUAAACUUUAUUCAGAUGAAAUUUCCUUCUUGCUGUUUUGACUGAGAUGUUAUCUUUUCUUUAAAAUACACCCCUGUGCCUAAUUCCGAGGCACUAACUUUGACCAUUCACGUAAUAUCUGCCACUUAAACACUGGUGCUAUUAAAUAACAAGGCUCAUCACUCCAUUGCUGUUCAGAAAUAUUGGAAGGAAGGAGAACAUUAGAAAUUCAAACAAUGAUACACCUAAGAGCAUAAGCACAAUUGCCAACCAGUCGGGUGUAUUUUUUAAAAAUAAUGUUUUGUGAUUGACAAAGUUUGUCUCGCUUAUUUGCUUUCUGUGAAAGUAUAUUUGAUGCAAUGACAUCAGUUAUAAUUCUUUCAGAUGUCUAGAGGUAUUUUCCAGCUUUAGACUUUAGUGAGGAAGCAUUGCCAAUUGGAGCUCAUAUUGGAAAAAGGGAUGUGGAUUGUGCACGAUUUUCCAGCACCAUAAUGACAUCAUAAAAGUCAUGCCUGCUUUUCCGUUAUGUGCUUUUGGUGCAUGAGGCUUUCCACUGAAAGCAAUGCAGAAAGUCACCUUUUAAUAUUUUAAAAAAUGUGAUAUACAUAUUUUAGUAAACAUUUAUUUAUUAUUUUUUUCUAUUGAAAAAGUAUUAAACUUGAAGUGAAUA